UGGUGUACAACUAAUUCUCCUAAAUGGUUGAAACAUUUCAAACAAGCACAAGACACAUGAAGCCAGGCUACAGAGUCUAAAGGCUGCAACCAAGGCUGGACCAAAGGGACCUUCUUCAAGCAUAAAUAGCAGGGUUGCUGCUCUCCUCUCUUGCAGAACUGCCCAGCUGCAAGCAAAAGCAAGUUCUCUUAACUUAUCAGAGCUCCAGAGGAAACACUAGCAAGGAAAUGGAACACUCGAUACUUUUUUCCAGCUCUGUCAAAAUUACCACCACACUGCUUUUAACUGUUCUGAGCUGUGUCAAUUCUUUGCCUCUUGAUGACAAUUCAGUUUGCACAGCAGAAGAACUCGCAACAUACAGCAUUGUUUUCACAGGGAAAUGGAGCCAGGGUGCAUUCCCUAAGCAGUACCCGCUGUAUAGGCCUCCAGCACAAUGGUCAUCAGUUCUAGGUGUGGCCCAUAAUUCUGACUACAACAUGUGGAAAACGAAUGAGUAUGCCAGUAAUGGUAUGCGUGACUUUGCUGAAAGUGGUGAACCAUGGACAUUAAUGAAGGAAGUAGAAGCAGCUGGAGAAAAAAUCCAAAGUGUUCAUGGAAUCUUCUCUGCUCCUCCCAUUUCCGCUGGCACCGGGCAAACCUCCACAGACUUCGAAGUACAUUCAAGGUACCCAUUAGUGUCUAUCGCAGUACGAAUUGUGCCCAGCCCUGACUGGUUUGUGGGUAUUGACAGUUUAAAUUUAUGUGAAAAAGAUCACUGGAAACAGCAAGUAUCAUUGGAGCUUUUUCCAUAUGAUGCUGGAACUGACAGUGGUUUCACAUUUUCAUCACCCAAUUUUGCCACUAUCCCACAGGAUACUGUCACACAGAUCACUUCAUCCACUCCAAGUCACCCAGCAAACUCAUUUUAUUAUCCCAAGCUUACAAAAUUGCCACCUAUUGGUCGAGUAACUAUGGUCAAACUUAAAAGAAGCAAACUGGGUUUUCUUCUUCCACAACACAAUGUGACAGUGGCAAUAGAUAAUGCAAUAGACGACUCCGUGUCAGAAACUCCGCUGGACUGUGAGACAUCGCUCUGGUCUUCUUGGGGCCUUUGUAGAGGCACAUGCGGACACUUAGGAACUAAAAGAAGAACUCGUUAUAUACGUCUUCAACCUGCCAAUAAUGGAACUCCCUGCCCAAACCUGAAUGAAGAAACGGAAUGUGAACCAGAUAAUUGUGUCUGAGAUGGUUCUAUUGGACAAUUAUUUAGAUAAUUUAAACACAGAAUAUACUUAGCUAAUAUUGUCUAAGUCUGUUAAUAUUCUUUAUAGAUCAGAAUAGUUGUAAUAUUUUGUUGAAAACUUUUAUGCAAUUGGAUAGCUAGUUAUACUUGUUUCCAAGGAAAAGUCAUUUAUUGUAAACUCCGGCAGUGCCCUCUAGUGGUAGAAAAUCUAACAGGCUUGUAGUUUAGUUAACAGACAUUUGUAUCCUUAAAAAAAGUAAACACCCCUCCUCUUAAAGAAUUAGAAUGUAUAGUUUUGAAAACAUUUAUAUCUUGUGCUUCUCUUCAUUAUUUUGUUAGAAUUUAUUCACAUUUAUGGUAUGUUCUUUUCAAAACAAAC